AUGAGGGUUCUGAACGCUCUUCUGCCCCUUGCUGGGCUACUGGCAUUGAGCGAAACUGCCCUUGCCAAGGACAUUGAUAAAUGUACUCAGGUCACCCGAAAUUUCGUUACCAAUGGCGAUUUCACAACCGAUUCCGACUGGACCACAUCUGUGACAGACGCGACAAUUGUCACGCCCGAGGAAUCAGGUGGUUCUGGAUAUAUAGAGAUUCCCUUCACCGCGGGCGAAACUUUUACCAUUCAAACACCGGUCUCCGGUAUCCAGAGCGGGCCUACCUAUCAGCUAAAUGUGGAUUGGAACUUGAUUGCCGACACGGAAGCGCAAGCCACAUGUGAGAUGGAAAUUCUUGCCAUUACGGACACUUCUAGCCAAUAUAUCACCUACGCCGUCGACUAUACAGAUGAAACGACGGGUUUUCAAACGGUGUUGGGACAAUGGUUUUCCGACUCAUCAGACAUCCAACUGCAGUUUUCUGUCACUUGCUAUGAUGGUUCUGGGACUCUGCAGCUUGCCGCCGCUUCUUUCCUAGGACCGGAAAUGGUGUGCACCUCCCAGUGUGCCGCGUCCACCACCACCUUGUCUGGUAAUCUCAUACAAGAUGGUGAUUUCACGCACUUUGAUGAGGACGACGAUGUAUGGACAACCUACUAUCCCGGCUCUACCGCAGAUGACGGUGCUCCUGGAGGUGGUCAAUGCUUUGUUAUUACCAAGGAUUGGUCGGACUUUUACCAGCUGAAUCAAACCAUUUCGGAUGCUCAGGUUGGUCAGCGGUACCAUGCCAGCUUAUCAUGGAGGCUCAAAUCCUCAGAGGCCAACGGGGAUAUUGAGCCGAGCUGCUCCAUCUGGUUUUCCAUUUAUAAUGAUACCGCCCGUGUUCUUUUGAAUAUCGCAUAUGAUUCAUACACCCUGUCAUCUUCUGACAGUGGUUGGAUGAGUUUGAAUGGAACUUGGAAUGCGACUGUUUCGGCUGGGGUAAUCAUGAUACAUGUUGAAUGCUCAGCAUCGGAUUAUGAGUAUUACCCUGAGGUCGAGAUUGCCAAUGUCGAGUUGGCACUUCAGACAGUCAAUUGCAUUGCUCCGUCAUCCUCGGCAGUAGUGGCUAGCUCGACACCCCUGGUAAAAUCUUCAACCGCAUCGUCUUCUCCAGUUUCAACCCCUGUCAUUCGCUCAACCUCCGUGCCUAGCUCGACCCCUGCGAUCCGUUCAACUCCAGUUACUCGCUCUACCUCUAUUAUUCGCUCAACGCCCCUUGUUCGCUCAACUUCAGCGUCUCACUUGAGCUCCCACCACAUUUCUUCCACUCCAGUCUCCAAGUAUAGCUCAACUGUGGCUGUGGUUCCUGAGUCGACCCCGCUUUCAUCUUCGGUUUCUUCAGUCUCGUUGAUCCGGUCCACCAGCUCGAGGUCCUCUUCCCCACCUGCCAAGGUAUCAACCCCUUUAUCUUUCACUAGAUCUCGUGCUACGGGUUCUUCUUCAAUUCCGAUCCCGACAACACUCGCUCCGUCGAAUCCACCUUCUACACAGACCACAGACUCGUUGCCUUCUUCUAGUACUUCUCUCGAACCAUCUGGAAAGGCUUCGCAGACAUCGCCCUCCGUAUCAGAGACUGAACACACAUCAGUUAUCGCUUCAUCUGUGACCUCCAACAGCCAGAUAGUAAGCAGCUCGACGCCUCUCGAAACAGCGUCUACAUUUUCUGCAGCUUCCCUGCCGAACAAGUCAGCCUCCACGCUGUCACAAACUGUUCCCGCAACCCAGACCCAGCCGCAGUUGACCACAUCUACGGUCUUCAGCACGAGCACAAGAACUGUUACUGCGUGCCCAUCAACAAUUACAAACUGCCCCGCCACUGCCAAGACCACAUAUGUGACUACGGAGACAAUCGUAGUCUCGACCACAGUCUGUCCAGUUACUGAAACAAAGGAACCUCACCAAACUACUACUCCUCAGGGCGGCAAUGGUGACUACACAUCCACAAUCCUGACAACGCGUGAAAUCACUAUCACGUCGUGUGCCGCCACAGUCACGGACUGCCCUGCACGUUCUCAGACCACCUUGAUCAGCACACAAACACUUGUCGCUGGCACUACCAUCAUUCCAGCUGGAUCGCUGGAGACAGCAUCUCAAACAGAGAAGGGUGGAGCGACGGGAAGCGCCAACCCCGUACCCGUGCAGAGUGGAACGACGGCAUCUGCGGCUAGUGGAGAAUCCAGCACAGCUACUCUCCCAAUAAUUCCAUCGGCAGAUGCGACAGGUGUUCUUGCAUCAACUGGCUCCUCGCCUGAUAACUCUGGUGUCCAGAGCUCGACAUCUUCCACCGAAUCGGUUCAUGCUACAUCGCGUCCAGAAGAACAACUAUACACAACCUCUGUCGCAACAACCGUCGCGGUAGCUGAGGCCAGUGCUUCUCAAACCACUGGUGUCUUGACUUUGAACGGCGCCAAUCCGGCUGUGACUCUUUCUGGAGCAGCUAGUAGCUCUGAGACUCUCUCUUCAUCUGCUGCGUUGAAUGCCGGCGGCAGCGAAGGCUUCGCUGUUGAGUCGAAGACAACUCUCGGUCCAGUUGUGACGAGCACAAAUCCAAAGCCCUCUGCUUCUUCAAGUGCACCCCUUAUCAGUACGGGAGUGGGAUCCCAUUCUACACUGGUCACUGCAGCCUUGUCAUCGACUCACAAAGCGACGGCUGCAAGCCCAGGGGCUUCCGUCUAUUCUGGUGCUGCAUCUGUUUGGACCGUCCACACAGGCCUUCUCUCAUUCAUUACAGUCACCCUUGCGGCUCUAUUGCUGUGA